UUUACUAAACGCAAUAAAAAGUUAACAGUCGGUGGAAAAAUAAAAGAUAAAACAGUCAUUAAUAAAUUCUAUUCAACAGUACACACCACUGUUUCGCAAUUAUCAGGUGUCCUGCCAGGGAACAACGUUACCCGAGAAUAUGAAGUACUCGAUCAAGUUUGCACGGCUGGGGUGGGUCUGCUGCAGAAAGUCUACAACGGAUACAAGAAAUCAACGGAACAGGAAGUGUCGGUGUUUGUGUUCGAAAAGAAAGCUUUGGACCGAUGGUCCAAGGAGGAUCGCGAAGCAAUUCUAAAAACAUUACGCAGAGGUGUACAACAAUUGACAACGAUACGCCACUUGACGGUGCAACAUCCUUUGGAGGAGAGUCGUGACUCAUUGGCCUUUGCCACAGAACCAGUUUUUGCCUCCUUGGCUAAUGUUGUGGGCGAUCAAGUGAGGGCGGAAAAGAAACUUUACGAUGUAGAGAUACGCCAUGGCCUGCUCCAGCUGUUUGAUGGUUUGCAAUUUCUACACAACGAUGCCAAGAUUGUUCAUCGUAAUAUUUGUGCCGAAACAAUUGUGAUUAACAAGAAUCGUAGCUGGAAAUUAUUUGGUUUUGAUUUCGGUGUUGCCAAUCAACCUCAGCCGGAUGGUAAACCCUACUGGCCAUGCAAUGAAUAUUCGACAUCGAUGCAUAUGUUAGCCCAGCCAAGUUUGGAAUAUACGGCUCCGGAAAUUGCCUUGAAUAAUAUUAAUUCUACGGAUAGUGAUCUGUUUUCUUUGGGUAUUCUGAUUUUUAUCAUCUAUGCUGGAAAACCAUUGAAACUAUUCGGUUCGGACUAUAGUGCAUUUCGAAGGCAUGCCAACGAUUUGAAUCAGCGCAAGUAUCCACCCAUGAAUGCUGUACCCAGUCCUCAUUUGAGGCCUAAGUUGCAUGAUCUUAAAGAGGUAACCUAUUUCCAUGACGUUGGUGUGAAGACCCUCAGCUAUUUAGAUUCCCUCUAUCAAUGGGAUAACUUACAAAAAUCCAAAUUCUACAAAGGCUUACCACAAAUAAUACCCACACUACCGCGUGUCAAUCUCUAUUCAAUCCUACCAUAUUUGGUCAAGGAAUUUGUCAAUUCACCUAUGCUCCCAUUCGUUUUGCCCAAUGCCUUGCUCAUUGCCGAAAUGAGUAGCCAAAAAGAAUACUGUGACCAUAUCCUACCCCACCUAAAGCCAAUAUUUAAGAUAACAAGUGAGUUUAUAAUGAAUAUAUGUUGGGUACCCAAAGAUGCUGCAAAAAUUUUGGCUGCUGAAUUGGAGAAAGGUUCAUCGGGCAAAGUCACAUCGCCUUCGAAUGAUGAUGAUAUGUUUUCGAAAUUUUCAAUUUGUCAGCCACCAGUAAAUAAGCCUAACAGUUCUACUUCAGCAAUAACAACCAAUCAACAAAACAACAAACCAAGAGAGCAGUUGAAGAUCUCCCACAACAAUUCGGCCACACCGGAUAUAUUAUCAUCUCUAAUGAAUUCCAAUCUCAGUAAUAUUGGUGGCAACAAUGCAUUGGCCAAACCACCAAGCAAUGCUUUGGUUUCCGCAAAUCCCUAUAGUCCAACUGGUAAUAGCAACAAUAGCAAUGAUUGGCAACAAAAUUCAUGGUAUAGUGCCAAUCCGUUGGUAAUGAAUCAUCAAUUACCACCACCUUCCACAGCGAACAUGAGUACAACGGCUUCAACCACACCCAUUAAUAAUUUCUCUUCAUUGAAUGAUUUAGAUCCAUUUGAGGGCAAUAAACAAUCACAAAAAAAAAAACAACCCAAGUCUAGUUCAACAACAGCCAAUUCAUUUAUACUGCAAAAACCAACGGUCGAUUACAUUUAUCCACCCGGCUAUAAUGGCUAAAAUCGUCAAAACACCGAAUGUCGGGGGGG